AUGGCUCCACAAACUGAAUCCGUUUACGUCUCGAAGACACAGCAUUAUCUGAAGGUGAAGAAGCCGCUGCUGGAACGUCAGCGUCGGGCACGCAUGAACAAGUGCCUGGACACGCUGAAGACACUUGUUGCCGAGUUCCAGGGCGACGAUGCCAUACUGCGACUGGACAAAGCUGAAAUGCUCGAGGCGGCACUUGUCUUCAUGCGCAAACAGCUGAUCAAGCAACAGGCGCCGGUCUCACCUGUACCCAUGGACAGUUUCAAGAAUGGUUACAUGAAUGCCGUCAGUGAAAUCUCUCGUGUGAUGGCCUGCACACCGGCCAUGAGCGUUGAUGUCGGCAAAACGGUGAUGACGCAUCUGGGCAUUGAGUUCCAGCGCAUGCUGCAGUCAGAUCAGCAACCUCAACAGCAACAACACGACCUGCAAUCUUCUUCAGUCAGCCGUCCUGCCAGUCCAGCAUCUUCGGGCUAUCACAGCGAUGCCGAGGAAUCGGAGGCAGCAGCCAGUCCCCAGCCAGCUAGCAACAAUCCAAUGUGGCGCCCCUGGUAAUCAGCAACAACAACUGCAACUGCAACGGCAACUGCAACUUCAACAACUACAACCAUAACAACAACGAAUCAUGUCUUCCAAUUGACUCGAUGUAAAACUGUGAUAACAAGAGCUUUACUUAGAUUUAAGCAAAAUGAUUACUACUAAUUAGGCACCAAUCUCAAGCUUUAAUAGUAUUAAGACCUACAGAUAAGAGAGAUUCUACUAACUUUAGACAUUAAGAGAACAUU